CUGGCGUUGGUGAAGGGAGAAGGCAGGGAGGUGUUCAGUUGGAAGGUGUUGUCUGUUUGGGUGUCGGGUAACACACAAGAGCCAAAAUGUCGAGUAAAAGGGCGAAGGGGAAGACCACCAAGAAGCGCCCCCAGAGGGCCACCUCCAACGUCUUCGCCAUGUUCGACCAAUCACAGAUCCAGGAGUUCAAGGAGGCCUUCAACAUGAUCGACCAGAACCGCGACGGCUUCAUCGACAAAGAGGAUCUGCACGACAUGCUGGCCUCGCUGGGCAAGAACCCCACAGAUGAAUACCUGGAGGCGAUGAUGAAUGAGGCACCCGGGCCGAUCAACUUCACCAUGUUCCUCACCAUGUUCGGAGAGAAGCUCAACGGCACAGACCCUGAGGACGUGAUCAGGAACGCGUUCGCCUGCUUUGACGAAGAAGGGACAGGGAUGAUCCAGGAGGACUACCUGCGUGAGCUCCUGACCACCAUGGGCGACCGCUUCACAGAUGAAGAGGUGGACGAGCUCUUCAGAGAGGCCCCCAUCGACAAAAAGGGAAACUUCAACUACGUGGAGUUCACCCGCAUCCUAAAACACGGCGCCAAGGACAAGGACGAUUAGGAACGCCAAACGUCACCUCUUCACAUUUAGAUGUCACGCUUCUCCCGAUUUUUACCUUCUAGAACAUCGUGCAUGUCUCACAUUUAAAAGAACAUCAUGCAGAAGUUAAGGUAAAAAAAGAAAAUAGCAGCCAUAUUGCUGAACCUUCCUGUUGGGUGUGGAAGUUUUGCUCAUCUAUGAUAAAAACCAUUAAAGGAUGACAGGUGAUUACAGUAGCAGCUGAAAGGUGUAAUACUGUGGUGUAAAAUAAACCCGUGCAGAAUGUGAAAGUGGGGAAAUCAGAGCCGAAAUGACUGUCAAUCCCAUGACCCUGGUUUAGCUGGACUUUUACAUUUUGUAACUGAAACUUUUGAAAUAAAGUUCUA